AUGUCUUCCUCCGCCGCGACCGAGACGCAACAAAUCGAGGCUACUGCGGCGAUACAAUUGCAACAGCAGCGAGAUUCGUCCUCUCUCGAUCCUAGUCCAGCGCACGAUCCUCCUCCUCCACCCGUUCCUUCGUCAGAUCCGCGACUCUCCAUCGACCAGGAUAGGAGUCCUGCGAACUCGACGCCCGCCGAUAACAACGAUGAGCACGACCUGUUCAAACUCAAGCCAUCUGAGGCACUGCAGCUUCUCAGCGCCAACGUCGAGCUGCUAGUUCGCAUCACCGGCGAUGUCCCUCCAACACCUCCACCGAAGACGCCCACCGAUCCUCAGAUGAGUAACAUGCAGGUCGAGAAAGAGAAUAUUGCGCGAUCACACUCGGAGAAGAGCUUGGCACGACUUCGGGCCCAGGCUCUGCGGGAAGAGCAGGAAGAGAAGCUUAGAAAGCAGCGUCAUCAGCAGCAGAUACAGGAGAAGCUGCAGAAGCUCGGCCAGAAGAGUGGCUCGUCGUCGGUAGGCAAUCUAAGCAAACUUCAGGCGUACAGCGCGUCCAUGUCAGCACAGCUGAUAGCCCAGCAGGACGCUUAUGCGCAAUCGAUCGACGGCGUGCGAUUGAAACACAGCUCUCUGCGACACGCGAACCCUUCGUCAUCCGCCCCGAACCUGCAUCCUCCGGAACCCUACAUCGUCGUCGGGGCUGACUCGCAGCCGUUGAACCUGCAGCACGGCGCCAUCACCCGCAAGUUCUACAGCAAAAACGAACCUCCCAUCUCGGUAAACCAGUAUCUUCUGCGGCUCCACCAGUUUUGUCCCAUGAGCACGGCCGUCUAUCUCGCCACGUCGCUGUAUAUCCACCGCCUUGCCGUUGAGGAGCGCGCGAUCCCCGUAACGAGACGAAACGCACAUAGACUAGUCCUCGCUGGCUUGCGGGUAGCCAUGAAGGCGCUCGAGGAUCUGUCCUAUCCGCAUACAAAGAUUGCCAAAGUCGGCGGUGUGAGUGAGGUCGAACUGGCGAGGCUAGAGAUUAGCUUCUGCUUCCUGGCCGGAUUCGAGCUAGUAGUGGGAGAAGAGCUGUUGAAAAAGCAUUGGCAGGUUUUGAGAGAGGGUAAAGUAGGGCGGAUGGUGGACGGCAUGGAGGUACCGCUACUGAAGCUGGAGAAAAAGAAGAAGAUGUCGCGUGAUGUCCAUCAGCUGAUGCAGUGAUUUGAUUUGCAUUUGCAUUUGCAUGGAGAGAGGGCUAUUGGCGACAAAAAAUUGCUUUUUUUUUCCUAGUCCGGGGAAUCGGAGUUUUUGGCAUUUCUUCUGGCUUUCCAUCUUCUUCUCCGUCUUCUCUCCUCGGUUUACAUUUUCUAGCUUGGCAUCUGGCAUCUUGCGUGCAUGGAGGAGAUGAAGAAAGCGACCAGUAGGGAAGUUCUUUCGGUAUUGGCUGGGUGGGCCUGGAACAUGCGAUAUGAGAACCAUCAAGUGUCUUGUUGGAUGAGCGGAGCUUUUCUUUCUUUUUUCAUUGUUUCUUAGAGAUACCCAAAUUGGGAGGUUAUUCCGCAGCGAUAGCUAUAUGACACUACCAUCUCUAUC